UAGGAAAUUUCGUUGUCCUAUCGUUUCGUUGAUAGAAAUGGCAGGAUUUUUCCUAGUCACAUUGUAUGAGUACUCGCCACUCUUCUAUAUUUGCGUCGUUUCAUUGUGUUUUGUUGUUACAGCCGCCAUUGUCCUUGGCUGCUGUUAGGUCAAGAAGAAAGGAGGAUCUCCUACAUGUGAUUAUACAUUUAUUUUGAGAGAUUUAAGCAAGAGUCAUCUCAUCAUGGUGUUUUUCAUUUGAGCUGCCAAUUUUUUUCUAAUCACAAAGUCUGUGAUGUUUGGGUUUGAUGUCCCAGUGAUCUUGCGUGGCUCUGAUGACACACAAUCAAUCUUACCAACUCCCGAAAAGAAAAUGGUUCAGAUGAGCAAUCCUUUUUCCCUCAAGAUGGGUUCAGGAUUCGCAUCUGUUGUAGAUGGUCUGUGGUUGAAACCAUGUUGUUUGGAGCCCUGCAUCUUGAGCUGUUUCUGGGGUUGUGAUGUCACUGUCCUACAGCGAGUGUUGCAGGCCCACCAGGGUGGCUCCAGGUUCAGUACCCACCAUCAUUUCCAAGAUGUGUUGAACCCCUUCUCUCAUCACUGCCAGACCUUCUUUAUCAGCAGUGAAGACAGAGAGGAACGCUACUCUCAUAUUCCAUCUGAUCAGGGACUCUCAGAUUUUGGGCCAUUGCCAAGACAACGCUAUCCUCUUGUAGCUGUGUUGACUUUGGCGGAAAAUGAAGCCCGAGAUGGAUACAACAUUGUGGCCAGUGUCAGUGUUAUUCAUUUACCUGAUAAUAAACACAACCUGUCUGCAAGGAUCCUCUUCCAGUACCUUCUCACCUCACAAGGGAACAUGUACGAGUUAAAGGCACUCUUCAUGUCAGCUAAUAGUAGUGGAGAAUCUGCUCAUCCUGAUACCAACCCAGUUACCGGUCCCAGUGAGCCGGAGUGUGAGGAGGAAGACAACGAAAAGGUGGCAUCAGUUGUAGACGGUGGUGAGGAGCAAGAUGAACAAGUCUGGUCCAAGGGGCAGGGCAGAGACUGUGUGGUGUGUCAGAAUGAAGCUGUCAACCGAGUGUUGCUGCCCUGCAGACACGCUUGUGUUUGUGACAGUUGUGUGGCUCACUUCCAACACUGCCCCAUAUGCAGGGCUUUCAUCCAGGAGUCUUUUGCUCUCUCUCUUGUUCCAGCUGCAUCUGAACAAUGACACUAUUGGGGCAAUAAAGGCAUUCGCACACCCAACAACGCCUGUGUUGCAUUGUGUUACCGACACAUCGCCCCACAGGACCAAGUGACGCAGACGACAACACAAUAAUGCUGUGGGUAGAAUGCCAUAAUAUCCAUUUUAGUCAUAUGUUUGUUUUAGCGGAGACUGUUCCACCGUUUUGGCUGCUUGUUGAAGAAAAAGCUAACAAAAAUAGUUUUUAAAAAUGCAGAGAAAACGCCUCCUUGUGGUCUCCGUGCCAAUAGCAGGCAUUGCGACACCCCCACUUGGAGAAUUGCUGUAAAUUUUCAAAUCUGCAGGUGUGGUCUCCAGUAUAAAGCCAAACUCCACCUGGGAUGAGCACAGUGACGUCAGGGCGGUCGCCACCCACGCAAGUAUAAAGAAGCCUGAAGUUGGCUAACUGCCUUUGCAAAGUAUUGUAAAUCCCACAGGAAUCGGUGUCACACUAUUAUAGUAAUAUUCGAAUGAUUUAGGAAUUGGUUUUCUAUGAAGAACAUGAUUAUGCACCAUCAUUAAGUUUUUUCCUUAAUAGUUGUUAAUUUAUUCACUUUCACUCUUUAAUUUUACAACAAAGAAGGCAUUUAUAACAGAGCAUCUUAAGCAACAUCAAAAUGUAGAUCGUGUGGCACAACCCUGUAUUUUGAUAGAAGUACUUUUCCCAAUUAGAAAAGUUUACUGGGUGUGUAUCGUGAGUUUUAAGAUUUGUGAAUAAUGUAACCAUUUUGUGAUGAAGAUUAUAUAUUUUCCUUCCUGACAGUUAUUUUCAAUGAAGUCAAAAUUAGGUGUGAUGGGUUGUGUCAGUCCUGUGGCUGACUACUGGAGUACACUUUACAUCAGGGGUACCCAAUGUGUUGAUCACGAUUAACCAGUCAGUGACAAAAAACAUCAGCCUCUCAUCCAUCUUGCUGCUUGAUUCAGGUGUGCCCAAUGCGUCGAUUGACAGUCGGUUUGACAAACCAUGUCACUUGCACAUAAAGGUGUGUUGUAGUUUUUUAAUUCAAGGUUGAAUAUUAAUGAUUGCUUUAGUCAUUGUAGAUCAUAUUCAAAAAAUAUUUUAUUAUCACCUGUUACAAUCAUUCACAGCCAUUGACUGCUGUUGAAUUCAAAUAUCCAUGUUAAUAUUGAGGACUGGUAGUGAAUUAAGUAAAAUGUACGGUGCCUUGUGAAAGUAUUCGGCCCCGUUGAACUUUUCGUCACAUUUCAGGCUUCAAACAUAAACAUAUAAGAUUAAUAUUUUUUGACAAGUGGGACACAAUUGUGAAGUGGAAUGAAAUUUAUUGGAUAUUUUAACCUUUUUUUUAACAAAAACCUGAAAAGUGGGGUGUGCAAUAUUACUCGGCCUCAUUGCAUUGCAUUAAUAUUUUGUAGCGCCACCUUUUGCUGUAAUUACAGCUGCAAGUCACUUGGGGUAUGUCUCUGUCAGUUUUGCACCCUGAGGGACUGAAAUUCUUUCCCAUUCUUCCUUGCAAAACAGCUCGAACUCAUUGAGGUUGGACAGAGAGCGUUUGUGAACAGCAGUCUUCAGCUCUGCCCACAGAUUCUCGAUUGGAUUCAGGUCUGGACUUUGACUUGGCCGUUCUAACACCUGAAUAGGUUUAUUUGUGAACCAUUCCACUGUAGAUUUGGCUUUAUGUUUUGGAUCAUUGUCCUGUUGGAAGAUAAAUCUCCAUCCCAGUCUCAGGUCUUUUGCAGACUCCCAACAGGUUUUCUUCCAGAAUGGUCCUGUAUUUGGCUCCAUUCAUCUUCCCAUCAAUUUGAACCAUCUUCCCUGUCCCUGCUGAAGAGAAGCAGACCCAAACUAUGAGGCUGCCACCACCAUGUUUGACAGUGGGGAUGGUGUGUUCAGGAUGUUGAGCUGUCUUGCUUUUACGCUUAACAUAUCGUUUUGCAUUCUGACCAAAAAGUUCAUUUUUGGUUUCAUCUGACCAGAGCACCUUCUUCCAUGUUUGCUGUGUCUCCCAGGUGGCUUGUGGCAAACAUUAAACAAGACUUUUAAUUGAUAUCUUUGAGAAAUGACUUUCUUCUUACCACUCUUCCAUAAGUCAGAUUUGCGCAGUGUACGACUGAUUGUUGUCCUAUGGACAGACUCGCCUACCUCAGCUGUAGAUCUCUGCAGUUCAUCCAGAGUGAUCACGAGCCUCUUGGCUGCAUCUCCUAUCAGUCUUCUCCUUGUUAGAGGUGAAAAUUUAGAACAGGGGUGCCCUAACUUUUUUAUUCCCAAGAUCUACUUUUCAAGCAGCAAGCUUCGAGGGCAGGGCCUUUUUUGUUUUUUUUUACUACAAAAAUGCAAAACAUUUAUUUUAAAGUAUCUUGAGGAUUUUUUAUGUGUAAAUGUAAGUUUGUGUGCUUUGCAUAAUCGCAUGAGCCAAUCUCUCAGUCUUGGAAGAACUUAUUAACAAUGAUGUGACGAACUCGGAACGAUGCUUUGGUGGCGGCUGUCACUGUUGAACUAUUUUGUGUGAAAAGUGACUGCUGUGCAGCCAAUUGGGAUUUUAGUUCAUUCACUUUUCUCAUUCUCAGUUUGCUUUUCGCCGGAAUGUCGGCAUCAUAUUUUCCAUAAACAGUUGAAAAAUGCCACUACACAUUUCAUUCCACUGACAGAUGAGGCAAACACACUUUGAAAGUAACAUGACAACAAGGGUUUAAAAUAGGGGGGAAUUUGCUGACUAGCAUGUUUUCCUGUACUGUUUGCACAUGCGCGGUGAGUUUAGGGUCAGAAAAAUACAACCGUCUUUUUUUUUUGGGCACGCCAUCGCGAUCGACCCAAACUACCUCGUGAGACGCAUUGAGCACCCCUGGUUUAAAGGGAUUUGCAGUGGUCUGAUACGUCUUCCAUUUCAAUAUGAUUGCUUGCACAGAGCUCCUUGCGAUGUUUAAAGCUUGGGAAAUCUUUUUGUGUCCAAAUCCAGCUUUAAACGUCUCCACAACCGUAUCUCGGACCUGCCUGGUAUGUUCCUUGGUCUUCAUGAUGCUCACUGCACAGAACCCUGAGACUAUCACAGAGCAGGUGCAUUUAUACAUACAUUUGUUUCCACACACAGGUGGAUUCUAUUUAUAAUUAUCAGUGAUUGGCUCAUUCAGAGAUCCUCACUGAAUGUCUGGAAUGAGUUUGCUGCACUGAAAGUAAAGGGGCUGAGUAAUAUUGCACACCCCACUUCUCAGUUUUUUGUUAAAAAAAAGUAUAAAACAUCCAAUAAAUUUCAUUCCACUUCACGAUUGUGUCCCACUUGUUGAUUCUUGACAAAAACUGAAAAUUUCUGUUUGAACCUGAAAUGUAGC